UGAGCACCUCCACUGCCGUCGGUAGCCUUCGCGGUCCCGACGCAUCACACGUCUAGGUUUUGGGGAGGGGAGGUGGGGAGCUUGCGGGCCCGGUCCUCCCGGAUGGGGCUCUGGGAGCCCUCACAACUCGCAGCUGCCGAGACAAGAGGAGGGAUCGCCGGGAGAGUGUUCGGCGCAGCGAGGCUUGUCAGCAGUUCACAAGUCCGUGAGACAAAAAUGGAGGCGUCUUUAUCAACCCGCUGAAAGUUUUUAGUUGAGCUUUUACACGGCGGCAGCGUGAAUAAUUAUAGUUACAGUUAGUGUUCAGGAUAGCUGUGCCAUGUAAUGAAACGGACUCUUAUUGCCAGUUCGUAAAGGGGGGCGCUCGUGAGCUACGAAAGCACGCAGACCUGCGCACGUUUUUGUUGCUAGACGCUCACUGGCCAAUGACAUUUAUUUGUUGUCGGCGUUUUUGAUCCAAUAGAAAAAGUAGUGGUCACCAUUCCCGGGUUUCUUUGUUCUUGUCAAUGGAGUUCAGACCUCAAGUGUGUUUUGUUUGUUGCGUAGGAGGUGAUUGUUGUGGUUAGCCACUAGCCGGCAAGCUAGCUAGGAUAAUUAUCAAUUGAAUAAUGCAGGGUUAUCGUAAUGGUUAAUACAAGGAUUCUGUAGAAAAUACUCACAGUAGGAUUCCAUAGUGACUCAUCGGCUUUCUGACAAAGGAUACGCCGCUGAAGGCGAGGACUAGAGACAUGGCUGAGGCGGCGCGAGGUCCCGUGGUUGGCCGGCCUUUGGCAUUUGCCAAUGAAGAGCUGGCGGUACACUCCUGGUCCAGGAUCUCGUCAGCGGGGCACAAUGUCCUCCUGGAUGCCCUGAAGAUCCUCAGCCCGAUGUCCCGCGACCUCUCGAGCAGUGAGGAGCUUGUCGUCUUCUUGAAGGAGCUAAGCGAGGAGGGGCACAAGCCCACUGUGCUGCGUAGUAGAGAUGUCUACGGCUACCGCUCCUGCACGACCCUUCCGCUGACCGUAGACAUGUUGAAACCACCGAACAGGAACGUCAGACCCACCGCCAAGAGGAGGGGAAAGAAGCCCCUGGUCAAGAAGAGAGAGGUGCAUCCAUCAUGGAGCGCCUCCGAGAAGAGGGACCCCAAAAUUCAAGGGGUCCGCCCUCCAGAGCUGCUGGUGGAUCACCGUGCCGUCAUCUGCAGCAGGACACACAGUCGGACUGUAGAGAUGUCGCAGGCGCUGGAGGUGAGACCUUGCCUCAGACUAACCAACAUCGAGGGCCUGUCUGGCUUCCAUACGGCCCGACUACAGAUCCACACUUCCUGGGACUCACCAUCCGAGGCACCCUCUGUUGCCUUUUCACAGCAACAGCACCCACCCACAACGCUUUCAGGAAUACCGUCGCAGCCUUCUCAGAAUUGCGGUGGAGCGCCCACCAAAGCCGUGGCCCUGUUCAGCCAGAAGAGCCUGUCUUGCCCCAUCAGAUUGGACGGCGCCCUGAUCGGAGAUUCGGCACCGGUGUUCUACGCAAACGGACGGGCGUUCCCCGAGACUCACACAGCGCUCACCAGCAACGGCUGGCGGAGCAACGGCGUCCACCAGGAAGGUCGGGCCCACAAGGAACCAAACGUCCCAACCCGCCAGAGAAAUGGCUGGAAGGACAAAAACUGCCUUAGGUGGAAAGUGGUCAAAGUGGACGGCUCUCGCUCUGUGGCAGAGGCCCGCAGAAAAGCGCAGAAGAUUCUGCAGGUCAACCUGUCUCCAGUGAUUCAGAUCCAACCUCUCAACUAUGUGCUGAGAGACUUCAGAUACCAGAACAAGUGACCAUGAACCCCACGAGCCACGGCCGUUGUUUGAGUUAGCAGAUGUUGUUGCAUCCAUUAGUUCCUGGCCGAGCCUCAGAGGUCACAGCAGACGUCUUACGUGGGUUGUGGUGAACUCUGCUGUGUGUUGGAGUCAGAGUCUGUCCGUGGAAGUUCUGGUUCCCUGGGGGGGGAGGGGGGCAGAAAAGGCAUUUGAAAGUCAGGUGAUGCUUUUCUCAGCAGGCUGGGAAAUGACUCGGCCAAAUGCUGUACAUGCUCACGGUCUGCUUUAUUUACCAUUUAAGACUUCAACCAACCAUCAUCCAGCCAUGGGUUGCCCGCCUGCUUGCCCGUGUUGCGGAUGUAGGUUAGGAUCCACUGUGAGGGUUUGAGGGGGAAUCUCCUGCCCUUCAACAAGGCACAGUUGUUUAAAAAAAGUAUUCAUAACACAUUUGAAGUAUGCCGCUGUUUUGUGGAGAAGUGUUUUUAGCUUGUAGCGCUUGCAAACAGUGGUGGACGAGCAACUUUCCAAAGCCUUCACACGAGCAUAUGUGGUGGUUGGUUGGUCCCGUCUUAGCAAAUGAUAUGGAAGGAAAAGAGAAAAUUGUUUAGUUUGUCUUCCUUAUUUGUAUCUUUGUUGUUUCCACUGAAAAUCAAGGAGGCUGUUGGAGCGAAAACAGCAGAGACAUAGAUUGAUUUGAGACCUCAGAUGAUUUUUUUGUCCUUCACAAAGUGUUCCUUUGGUUUAGUUUAUCCACACAUGGAAAAGGAGGCUUGUGGAAUAUUUUCAACUUUUGGGAGAUUUGGUGUCUUAUGGUAACAAAACAUGACUGGAUGGAUAGCAGAAAGAGGCGGGUACGGAAGGGAAUAUUUAGAACAUUUAGACUGCAGAAAUUCAUCUUUAAAUAACGGAAAAUAUCGAAGAGUGAGGUACCAGAAUUCUUUCUUUAGUCUUCAGAGGUUUUGUCAUUGUUAAACGCGAUGUAUAUUUAAAAACGUACGACUAAUUUCAGUGUUUGCUCUCUGAAUUAUAGCUUUUUUUCAGUCCGUGAUGUUGCCCUGGUCCACUUCCAUAGUUUCACACUCCGGGUACAAAGACAACCGUCAUUCGGUCUAAUGCUGAUCAGGAUUUACUUGAGUCCAAUACAAAACUUCAAAGCAACAAAAUGCAGUUUGGAGACAUGAUGUAAGACGUUUCGAAAGCUUUUGUUCCCCCGAGCUGCAGGAAUGUUUUGAAUUCCCGACCAGUUGAAUCUGACAACGCAGCACCAGAAAGCCGAGUCUCCAAUCAGAACUCGUCCGUCCAGUCGAUGGCAGGAUUUGCACUUUGGGAGCGUCGCCCGUUUCCUCGACACAACGUCAUUAAUGUUCGUUUCCUGACGUGAACUUAUAUCAAAAGCAUUUGGUUUGACUUCCACUGAGACCAUACUGGUUUUUGCAGCAGGUGCUAGUUUUGGUGCUGAAUUAAACGACUGUCGUGAGGAUGUCGUUGUGUUUCCGUUUUUUCUUCUUCAUUUUGUGGGCGUUUAGGAGCCGUGACCUCACCGGACUUGACUGAAUCUAUUUUCAUGUUAUCUGUGAGGACCUCCUGGGAAUUCUCCCAAAAUGUUGUAUGUGAUGAUCCACAUUGCACGAGAUAAACGUUUGGUUUGAUCUCAAACGGUGCUCUUACACAAAAUCAAAGUCUCUUUUUUUAGGUCACUCAGUAGCUUUUGAUGGAGCUUCUGUUGAUCUACAGACCAGUCAAUGUGAAUGAAAAGUCUGGAAAAAUACCGUUUUUAUGGGACCUUUUUAGUUUGUUUUGUCUGCAAGAUCAAACAUGGGAUUCUUCAACCUCCAAAUCUAUCAUUCAAAUGUAGAAAAAAACUAUUUAUAUCACCGCCAAGUCAGUAAAUGACAACGCUGGUAAAAAAAAAAAAAAAAUUAUCUAGUUUGGGCCACUUGGGAGAAAGAAUGAACAAAGUCUGAAGUGGAAACUUUUACUUUUUGGUUUGAAAG